AUGUCUACCAUCAGAUGGGUGGACCUUCUGUCCAGCGAGUCGAACCUGUCCCAUUCCAUCGCGAACGAGGAUGUUGUGGAGAAGGCUAAGAAAAAAAAAUUCCCCUACAACCAGGAGAAGGAUCUGAACAGUAGCUUUUUAAAUUCAUACAAUGCAGACCUCGACAACAGCAAUGUGGGAAUUAAUUUGAAAAUAAAAAAUAUGUCCCUAGUGGAUAAAAAGGAUAAGGAAGAGAAGAAUGUUCUGGGUGCAGAUAAGACACUUGAUCAAAUACCCAAUUGGCGAAGUGGUAACGGAAGUGGAACAAGUCUCCCCAGCGAAGCAGCAAAGGGAGUGAUAACGAGGACAGGAGAGCAAGAGUCGGGGGGGAAAAGCACGGAAGGAGUGACCCAAAAGGAUUCACAAAACGUGCUUAGUAAUGGAGACCAACAAACAGGUGUGUUAGGAAAUGUGUUAGUGGAGGAGAAAAAUUGUGUGAGUGAGAAAGUGGUGAGUCCGUCUCAUGGGCAGCUAAACGAGGAAGGGAAGUCAACAAUCGCAAAGGUGGAUUCCGCCAACGCAGCAAGUAACAGUAAUACCGUCCUGGAGGAGGCAAAUAAAACGGAGCAGAACUGUCCUCAUGAGGAGAAUAAGCCAAAGGAAGAAAACGGAAAAAAAAAAGAAUUGCUCAACAGAGUCAGCGUGCAGAGUUCUGGAAGUGGUCAAUCUUCGGUCGAAGGUAAAAAUAAGGAAAGUGAAAAAGGUUCAAGUGUGGGGAAGAAGAAAAAAAACGCAUCAAGCAUAUCUACCCUAAACAAAAGGAAUAGAAGCAACAAAAUAAAAAAUGUCUCUGUGAAUAAAGAGUCGAUACAGAAUUCUUAUUUUUCCCGUUAUGUGGUGAAGAAAGGGGGGGACAGUGUAAAAGCGAUGGACGGGGGGGACAACGUAAAAGCCGUGGAAGGGGCGGAGGAGAGUGUGCAAGGGGAAAUGUCCAAGGGGACGACCCAUAAGGGGAAGAAGAGGAAAGACAGAACCCUUCUGUGCGAGAAUAGCACAGCUUCUAAGUUCAACUGUACCCUGUCGCACGACGUGACGGUGGACGACAACAACGUACCUCUGAACCCGGCCAAAAAGGUGAAGAGCAGGGUCAAGGGAGGCGCUGCAAAGGGGGGCGUAAUGGAGGCGGUAAAAGAAGGCGCAAAUGUAGUGCCCGCUCCACCCGCGACAACCCAUCGAGACAGCGAAACCAAACUGGUGGCCAAGGAAGACAAAAAAAGUUUAGGCAUAAUGGAAAAUAUGGUGACCCCCCCAAAAAGCAAUUUACCAACUUUAAAUGAAUAUAAGAAUCUGAGCAGCGACAACAUCAACAUGGAGAAAUUUAAGAACUUCGACACGAACUUUAUUAACUACCUUGGAGAUAUACAGAGCCACUUCAGUGACCCGUUCGUAAACUCCAAUAGCAACCGGGUGAACAGCAGACUUAAAGAAAUUGCUGUAGGGAAAUCGACGAAGGAGUACAAGAAUUAUGUUAAGGUGGUGAAGUAUGAAGAGAGGAUGGAUGACGAUCCCAGCACGCCUAAUGCGUAUGAGAAUGUGACAAAUGCAAAAUUUCAGGCCAAGUAUAAUUUGUGGAGGAAGAAGCUGCACAAGUUUGACUCCAUUGGGUAG